UUUCACAGUCAUAUCAGUAUAUAAGACUGAACAGCGUUAAAGCAGAAAAUGGCCGUUUUACAAAGACGAAUAUGUGGAAAGACAGUUACCUUAUCUCGUCUCUUGACGUGGAGUACAAUGGCAGUAGUCUUAGUGUAUUUCUGGAUUUCAAUUGCACUGGAGCUGAAAUUCACCAUAUCUAUGUGGGUACUGAACAGACGUAUGCGUAGCUUUCCAGUGGCCUCCAAUAAUUCAGUGACCAAGACAACAGCUAUUCAAGGAGUUCAGAAUACGAGCAAUCCCUUACUUAUGGGAAAUGCACAUCAACCUGCUGUAGACAUAUUCCAGGGUUUAUCUCAAGAUAAAAAUCUUGCCAACUCUGGCAAUCCCGCGCCCUUGUCACCGAACGCACAGGAUCUUUACGCUAAAAUCUUACAAUUUAGUCAGAAGUCGCAGACUAAGGAGAACGAGGGACCCCAGCCUGUACAAAAUAUUGGCCAGUCCAUACAGGACCCCAACGGCUCUCCAUCCAUGAGUGGCAGUUCUAAUACAGUUCUUUCCAAAGGUAUACCACCAGCAGGUCAACCUAUACAGCCAUAUGGGCAGCCACUUUCCCAACAGCAGAAGUCCUCCUUUUUUGGCAACCAACAAAAUUUAAAUCAAAUGACAAACUUCAACUCAGAAAAGUCCCACUCUGAUAUAUUCGGAAUAAAAGGAUUACAGUUUAACUCCUUGUCCAAUCUUGGUAAAGGAACAAAUGAGUUUUUGGCAAAAACAACUGAUUUUCCACAGGUAUAUGGGCAGAGCAAAUUUGGAUUAAAUGCACCAAUGUCACUAAAUCAACAAUUACAACAAAUACAGCAACAACAGCAGCAAGGCAACCAGGAUCAGUUCGAGCAACAACCACAGCAGCAAUUUAACAAUCUGGACCAACUACAGCAGCAACAGGUGCCCGUUUACGCUCCAGGAGGGUUGGCACAUGUGCCUCUGGAAAGUAUCCUAUUUCCAGAGCAACAACCAGUACAGCAACCAAUGGAUUCUCAAGCUCCACAACAAUAUCAACUGGAACCAAUGGCCAAUAGUUUCCCUGAAGUCAAAAGAUCUUCAACAAUUUCAGAAAGGUCCAGUUCUGGAAUACCAGCAAUUCUACAUACCAUAUGGAACGACCAGGAGGUCCCAUCACAGUUUGCUCCUUGGAUGGAAUCUUGGUCAGAGACACAUCCAGCAUGGGAUCGGUGGUUCUGGGUGAGGGAUGAUUUUCCAAAGCUGUUGAGUAUGGAGCCCCGUUAUCAAGGAUUUACUGCCAUGCGCACAGAUGCUUUGAGAAUGGAGAUGAUGAAGUAUCUUUUCAUGUACUUGAUUGGAGGAGUAUAUAUAGACUUAGAUGUGGAAAGUUUUCAGCCACUGGAUGAGUAUGUGAACAGAUACCCCUGUGUCCUGUCACAGGAGCCUCUGCCUCACGCCUUUCUGAAGAACAUGGGAAACGGACUGGCCAGCAGCGCCAUCAUGAUGUGUCGGCCCAAACACCCCUUCUUCCGAUCUGUUCUAGAAUACUACACCAGCUUGAAUCCUGCCUUCCUGUUGAGAGCUGACACCAGAUUGGACAGCCUGUAUCGCACCUACCUGCGCAACCUCCCCGCGGGGGCACCUGUUGAAGACCAGGUGUAUUUAGCUGAUCCCGAGGUGUUCAUGCCAACACUGUCUGCACAUCUACAGGACAGAGUAAGAGACCUGUGUGGAGGUAAACUACAGACACAGAUCCCCACAGAAAAAAUUACUUCAGUCUGUUCACAGCUGGAAGCCAGAGACUUCAAACCAGAACCCCUUUCUUCUUCUGUGACAAACCACCAUUUUGCUAAUUCAUGGUCCGAGGAGUCCAAGAGGAUCUUACAAUAUACUAAGAACAUUAAUGAACUGCUCCAGAACUUUGAGCCAGUAUCUGAGAAGAUGAAGAAAGCUGGACUGAACUGUAUCUCAUGUCAGACAUAGUAA